GGGGGGGGGGAGGGGUGGUGUGAGUUGGGGGGGAAGAAUUUGACGGACUUGAGAGGGGUUUAGAGAAAAGUUUUUUGAAAACUUUUGGGAAACUUUGAGGAAAGUAGAGAAAAGCACAGGCAGAGAACCUUUUGGAAAACUUGCUGAAGCUGGUGACCUCUCAGGAUGGAACGGUGAGGCUGCUGAUCCUGUCAGUCACCUGGUUAAUGUCCCUUCCCUGGGAGCUGGUUGAAGCUCAGGGACAUCCCGAGGACAAUAACGGCCGCUGGAGGCAGAUGAUCCAGUGGGAGAACAACGGCCGAGUGUACAGCCUCCUCAACACGGGGUCUGAAUACAUCCCGAGCGGUCGGUACAGGCCCCGGAACCCCAGGGUCUGGCUGGGGGGUAUGGGCAGGACCACAGCCUCCAAUAGACUGCAACCUGAGCGCCGACAAGCGCCAUCCCUACCCGCAAGAGGAGUGUCGGAAACGGUGAGGGGUCAAACCAGGCACCCGUUUGGUUUCGGCCAAGUUCCUGACAACUGGAGACAAGGAACCUUGGGAGUUCCCUCCAGCACUCACCGCUACCUACCCUCCCAAAGGCAAGAGCCACGGCAAAGGCAACGGCUGCCCUACGCUGAGCCUCCCUUCCCUCAGUCUCCGUCCUCUCCCCAGUCACCUUCCUUUCCCCAAUCUCCUUACCAACGUUACCUGCUUCCGCAACCAUCUUACCCCAACUCAUACGACUCUAAUUAUGAGUACGGUUCCCCGAGGAGGUUUGACCCCGUGGACGACCGGAGCCCCUACCGAAGAGUACCCGAGAGCUUCUCUCCGGAUGCCGGAGCCUAUCCCUACCGUCCCAGGCCUCGGUACGACGACUACGGUGAAGACGGGUACCGUUAUCGGCCCCAGUCACGGCUUCCCUUCCAGGAGCAUUCCAGCUUUUCCCCGGUCCAGCCCUCCGAUGGGCUGGACAGGAGAUACAUGCACAGCUUGUACGACGAGAGCAGGGGUCAGGAUCAGGGUCAGGCGGCCGACACGGGAGCCGAUUCCUCGCCCUUUUUGCCCUCCGGCGGGGACGUCGAUCCUGAAUCAGUAGGAGCCGGCCGCUACCCCGACGCUGGGCCCAGGGCCGUCCCCGAAGGCACCGGUCACUACCCGUCCAGCCGCAGGGCGCCAGCGGACCACCAUCAGCUGCCACGCCAGGCCGAGCCUAACGUCCCCUUCGUGAAUCCCGAGCCGUACCCAGUGACGAGAGGGGAUCCCUAUGAGCGGGUGCGAGGAGAGGAGCAGCAAGGCCGGCUGGGUCAGGCCUCGCGGGUGGCCCUCGGGAGCGUGUACAGACAGGAUCGCACCGGCAGAGGUCUGCCUGACUUAACCCCAGACCCGUACUAUGUCCAGGCCUCCACGUACGUCCAACGAUCCCACUUGUAUUCCUUACGGUGUGCGGCCGAAGAGAAGUGUCUGGCAAGCUCUGCCUACACAGAAGAAUCCACUGACUACGACAUCAGGGUCCUGCUGCGCUUUCCACAGAGAGUAAAGAACCAAGGUGCAGCUGAUUUCCUUCCAAACCGACCCCGGCACACUUGGGAGUGGCACAGUUGCCAUCAGCAUUACCACAGCAUGGAUGAGUUCAGUCAUUAUGACCUGCUGGAUGCAGCUACCGGGAGGAAAGUCGCUGAGGGCCACAAGGCCAGCUUCUGCCUGGAAGAUACAACCUGUGACUUUGGUCACUUGAAGCGUUAUGCGUGCACAUCGCACACGCAGGGGCUGAGCCCUGGCUGUUAUGACACAUACAACGCCGACAUUGAUUGUCAAUGGAUUGAUAUCACAGACGUCCAGCCAGGAACGUACAUUCUCAAGCUUCAAGUAAACCCCAAUUAUCUUGUCCAAGAGUCAGAUUUCACAAACAAUGUCAUCAGAUGCAACAUUCACUACACAGGGCGGUAUGUUUCGACCAAGAAUUGUAAAAUAACACAGUCAUGAUCGGCAAGUACGAAUUUCCAAACCAGCGUUUCUGCUGAGAGGCUGUGGGAAGCCCAUGGAACGCGAUUGUCACAACAGCUGUGGGAUUUUUUUUGUAGUCACGAAUGGGAUUUUAACAGGAGCACAGUCCAGGAACCACCUGUGAUGUUGGAAUGAAAUAAGGAGAGCACUGGGACAUGAGCCAACUGAAUAGAGGUUGACACAAGCUCGUUAUCAGAUCAUUGCAUUGACGUUAGCAGCACGUGGAACACUGCUGUUAAUUAGUAAAGCUGUAAUGAACAAGGAGGUGUAUGUUAUUAGCCAAUGAAUUGCACCACACCUGGGUCUCCAUGCUUACUCGGGAUUGGGUCUUGGGUCUUCCCUUCUAUACACUAAGUUUUUUUUUGCUGUGCUGGAGUCAGGUGAUGGAAUGGUUCUUGGGUAUGAGACAAAGGUGAGUGCUUUCACUGCUGUGGACGUGCGUUCUUGAUUUAUAAUACACCCUCUGGUUCAGUAUUGGACACUCUGCUCUUUACCUGUCUUUGCUUUAUCAUUUAAGGUUGUGUAGGGUUGUCAACGUUUCUGCUGUUUGGUCUUAAUUUGGAAGCUGUUUGUUUCCACUGUGCUUAGAAAGGAACUGCCUUGCAAAUUAAGAUGGGAUUCACGAAUUUGCCUCAUUUCUAAGUUUUAAGGCCAAAAAAAAACUUAUUUGCAGGCUGAGACCAGGUGAAAUUUGGAGCCUUUGGGUCGCUCAGUAUUGGUUUUGUGAACGGAUGAAUGGAAUGUCAUAAAUUGCACUUUCCAGUGGCUUUUUGUAGACCUACAUUUUAUUGUUUCUCAAAGUGUUUGUUCCCACUUCAGUUUUUGAAUUAUUUUAUCCUGAUCACUUUCUUUUCUAAGUUUCCCGAUGUUACUCUUUCCCGCCGGGCAAGAGAUCUAUUGUAAAUCCUUCCAGGGCCUCGGUGACUGCUGACAUCUAAAUUGAUGUGAAACAUACAAGUGUAAAAACCAUGUACAUUGUUUCAAUGAGUUAUGCUGUGUUGCCCCGACAUUCACAACCUCUUGAGUCGAUAGUGUUUUGGAGCCUUCUGCGGUAUUGUCCACUUUACCGUUUGAUUCACCAGUUAAUGCUUUAUAUCCUGUACUGAAUGGGCUUUGAAAGCACCAUGGUUCUGGAUUGGAACCACUUUAGGUCGAAGAAACGAUGUUCGUACUAUCUUCGAAGCUUGGGUUAAAUUGGGCAAUCUGUGCACUCAAGCUUUCAGUCACUGCACCCCUAACCUCUCGCGCCCUCUCUGUCUGCUGCUUUGCCCACAAAAUGCUUAGUCGCUCCACUUUGCAACAUAUUCUGUGAAGUGUUUUGAGACGUCUCAACAACAUGAUAAGGCGCUACAUCAAAUGCAAGGAUUAUUAUUGUUAAAACCUAUGGUCAGGUGUCCCUUUUCCCCCUUGUGUGGCAUCCGACUCCAUCGCCAUAAAGCAUUCAGAUAUUAUUCUAUGUGAGUGGUGCCUCGUAAAGACAAGUUGCUGUUGUGUUGUAGUUAAACUGCGAGGGAUUAAUCUAAUAUGCUGAAACCUUUUCCAACUUGGGGCACUGGGACGCCUUUUUUUCCAGACCUUUAAAGUGAGCAGAUUUACGAGCUGUUCCACCGAGCAACAGAAUGACCCAGUUCUGACUUGAUCGCUCUGUGUUCAGGCUUACUCCCAAACUCGUUGUCUCAUCCUGUUUAUGGGACGUUGCUGGCUCAGUACGGCUGCUGCGUUUUACCUGUAACAACUUUCACUUGUCUCUAUAUUUAAGUGCUGCAUUUAUUUUUUUAUGUGAGGUAUAAGUAAAUACAAGGUAUUAACUAGUCUCCAAAAAAGGUGGGGGGGAAAGCUAUGUGAAUGAGCUCUUUGUUAACCAGAACUUCUGCGCGUUUCUAUAUUAUUGAUCAGAACAGAGGGGCAAUUGGGUGCAGGGGAAGGGGCAAUUGGUGUUUGCCUGGAAAAUACACAGUCGCUACACACUACAAUAAAAUCUUGAGAAGCACCUUGAGAUGUCAUCCCGCCCUGAACGGAGAUGCAAGGAGUAUUACAAAGGCGAUAUUGAACAUCUACAGCUUGUUCCUGAUCUAGAUUGUUUGCUGGGGGAGGCGAGGAACAGGAUAACUAAGGUGUUAGUUGUCCUUGCAUGUCCUUUCUUAACUGUAAACCUCUGCACUCAUUUGGUAUUGUUUUUGUUUUAAUGCAAUAUUCAGAUCACUGUCAUUUUUUGUAAAGAACUCGCUUCCAGUAACACCUUUUACCACUGAGACAAGAAACUAAUCUUCUGUGGAUCGAGAAAUAAAUGAGUAAAGUAGUAAAGUAACAGAUUAUUAUGGGGUGGGGGAGGAAGAGUUUUGAUUUUUCUUUUCUGAAUGCGAGCACAAAGCAAUGGCUUUCAGCCUUUGCUUUGUGUUUUGUUGCAGACACUCAGGAACCAAAAACUGGAAUGUCUGAAUAGAAAAGUGGACUGCCCUUUUUUUAAAAAAAAAGUCGAACUCAGACUGGUAGCAUCAUUAUAUUAUACCGCUGCACUUGACGACACUGCCUGGUGACCGUUUGUACCCAUCUGAUCGAUAACCAAAAUGUGUGUUAGAGAGAAUCGGAACUGGUUAACCUUUUGCCAGACUUUGUAAGGCUUAAUGUAAUUUCAAUAAAAAAAUAAAACUGAAAA